AUGACGCACGCUUACACUCCUGGCGUAAAUUCCGCCAUUCGAAAAGGAAACGUCAAAUUAGUCCCUGGAACCAAGUCAUUCUACAACACCGAGUGGGAUCCAGAAGAGAAAAACAACCGUUUCUUCGAGGAAGAUGAACAAAGACAAAAAUAUAUUUCCUAUUUGGAAAAAUACAUGGCCGACUGGAUGGCGCACAUUGAUGCUCGAGAAGCAGCGACGAAGAGGGGAGUGGACCAAGAGAACUGCUACCCUCAAUUUGAACGAUUUAACUGGUUGUAA